AUGGUCAAGAUCGCCAUUGUCUACUACUCCAUGUACGGUCAUAUCAAGACCCUGGUCGACGCCGAGAAGAAGGGAAUUGAGAAGGCUGGAGGCACCGCCGACGUGUUCCAGAUCCCUGAGACCCUCUCCGACGAAGUCCUCGCUAAGAUGUAUGCCCCCCCCAAGCCCACCGACAUACCCAUGCUCGAGGACCCCUCGGUGCUGGAAGGCUAUGAUGCCUUCCUGCUCGGCAUCCCGACCCGUUACGGCAACUUCCCUGCCCAGUGGAAGACCUUCUGGGACAAGACCGGUAAGCAGUGGUCCUCGGGCGGGUUCUGGGGCAAGCUGGCUGGGGUCUUCGUAUCCACCGCCUCGCUCGGCGGCGGCCAAGAGUCGACUGUCCUCGCCGCCAUGUCCACCCUGGCCCACCACGGUAUCAUCUACGUGCCCUUCGGUUACGCCAAGGCCUUCGGCCAGAUGACCGAUCUUAGCGAGGUCCACGGCGGCUCCCCAUGGGGUGCCGGCACUUUCGCCGGCCCCGACGGCUCGCGCAAGCCAAGCAGCAGAGAGCUCCAGCUCGCCGAGAUCCAAGGUGAAGAGUUCUACAAGACCGCCCUCAAGCACUUCGGUUGA